CCUUGGGAGGGAAGAAAUAGGAAAGAAAGGGAGAAGAACUUGCGAACAGAGAAAGAAACCCUGAGAUGAUUCUGAAGAUACCUUCUGCUCAGGCUGCCGUGAGGUGCCGAUUUUUUUCAUAAGAAGAGAAAGAUGGUCCUCUUUGGAUAGAGCUCUCUCUCCCUCACCAGUGUGUUGCUGUAUCAAGUGAUUAAGCUCAAAGCCUGGCAUGGAAAUUAACCACCAGCAGAGGCUUAAUUAGCCUUUGAAUUUUCUUCUAGCCGAAGUAUGUUCUGCAGCUUCUGCUCAUCUCUCUGUGUACUUCUUAGCGCCUCCCUCCCGCCUCCCAUCUCCUGCCUCCCGCCCCUGAGGAAUCUGAGGCUUGCUGGCUCCAGAGGAAAGAGCAGCAGAUUGAGGGCAAACUGACACAGCUGGGCAAGAGCGGUACCGGACCAUCACCACAGCCUACUACCGUGGGGCCAUGGGCUUCAUUCUCAUGUAUGACAUCACCAACGAGGAGUCCUUCAAUGCUGUCCAGGACUGGGCUACUCAGAUUAAGACCUACUCCUGGGACAACGCACAGGUCAUUCUCGUGGGAAAUAAGUGUGACAUGGAAGAGGAAAGAGUGGUCCCAACUGAGAAGGGCCGGCUCCUGGCAGAACAGCUUGGGUUUGACUUCUUUGAAGCCAGCGCCAAGGAGAACAUCAGUGUGAGGCAGGCCUUCGAGCGGCUGGUGGAUGCCAUCUGCGAUAAGAUGUCUGACUCGAUGGACACAGACCCCUCCGUGCUAGGCGCCUCCAAGACGACGCGGCUCUCAGACACCCCACCUCUGCUGCAGCAGAACUGCUCUUGUUAGACAAGGCCCACCCUCCUGUUUCCCCAUGUCGUGCCCUGUUUCUCCUCCGCUUCUCUCCAUUACUGUCCAUUCCCCAAUCCCAAGCAAGAUGAGUUCUUUGCCAGCCCCUGCGGUUCUCUGCAGAUGGCCCCAGCUACAGAUACUAACUGCAGGUUACGGGGUGGGUGAACACUCCUUUUACAACAGAAAACUCCCUCUUAUGAAGAAGGUUCAAGAUAGAGACUUGGAAAGAAUCUUUUCUGCCCUUAAAAUAUAAUAAAAUUCCUUUCAUUUACCAAGCCCCUCCUCCUACGCACACUCCUCGGGGGGCUGGCCAGUGUGUAAAGUGAGGCCCACCUGCACAGCUAAUACUAUUAAAGAAAAUGUCUCAAAGUACAACCUGCUUGUUUCCUAUCAGGCUCCCUGUGGGGCAAGCAAAGCUUUGAUUUGUAGAGCCCUGAGCCUGUUACCACGGAUGCCCACAGGGCCCCGGGCAGUUGCUGUGGUGACAGGACAGUGCUAAUCCCUGGAGAGCUCAGAUUCUAGUGAUGCAGAAGAAGCAGGGGCUGAGUCAGAAACACACUUAAAAGAGAAGGAUUAUCUUCUGCAAAAUGUCAAAGGCCCCAGCCAUCUAAAAGCACAAUGACCAGAAGGAGAAAAAGCAACAUAGAUGGACACAGGUUCUUACCUUUCUAGCCUGCUCUUUUGUCUCACGAUGUAGCCUUAGGCUAGGCUCAAAUGUGUUAUUUAAUUUAGGCUGAACUUGAACCUAAUCCUCCUGCCUCAGUUUCCCCAGUGCUAGAAUGCAGAUGUGUACCAUCACACCCAGUUUCUCCAGUUGGUUCUUGACUGUUGGGAUACCAUAGACUUUGUCACUGAUUCUCAGGCCCUCAGAGUCUGCACUCUGAAGCUGAUGAGCUUCCUCCUCCUUUCCCAGUUUAUCUAGUUUGACAAAUCAGUUCCAGACUUUCUAGUUCUGGCACGUGGCCUGCAUGGCUUUGGGACUGACUUGCCCACGGUGACUGGCAAUGAAGAACCUAUAAAUGCAAUGAAGAACCUACAAACACAAGUACAAAAAAGUUGGGAUAUGGUAGGCUGUGGGCUCUGAUGGAGACUAUUACUAGCAGCCUGGAAAUGCAGCUCUGAACAAGGAGGUGGGUUUAUUAUACCCGAAUGAGGAGAGAGGUUAGCUGAUCUAGGUAAAGGGAGCUCUAUAGGGAAGCAGGCUCAGGCUGUAGUGGCCAGGAGCAGGAAGCUGUGGUUGGUAUUUUCUGCACACUCUUGUCAACAUCCUUAGUGGACCAGGGGAAGGCUUGGUUAUUUCCACAGGCCCAAGGCAUUGUCUUUGACAUAGUUGUGUUAGUUCAACAAUUUACAUUCACCCUGGACUUCACUAGCUCCCCACAACCCUCUUUCUUUUAAAGCACACCUUCUAUGAGAUGGGAGCGGUGGCUCAGGACUGUAAUUCCAGCAUAUUGAAGGUUGAGGCAGAAGGAUCAACUGUUCCAGGGCAGCCUGGGCUGCAGAUGCCGGUCCUUUUUUUUUUUUUUUUUUUUUUUAAGCUAGCAUGUCUUUGGGGCAGGCACCAGAGCUGUCCAUAGCCAGGAUCUGUCUUUGCUUCAAACUGAAAAUGGACUCGGGGAAACCCCCCACCUUCUCACCCCAUUUGCACCAAUUCUGCUGCCAGCCAUCUUCCCGUCCCUACUCAGAAUCUCUUUGAUUUAAGCACAAGAAUCAUGGCCUACUCUUUCCCAGGGGCAGCCCUAACUGCAUAUCCAUUUGCCAUUCUGCAGAGGGUCUUCCCCCAUCUUGCUCACCUUUUCUAACCUGUCAGGCACUCCUCCACAGCCCACCUGGAAAGGGGGAGUCAGGCAGAAUUAGACAAGGGGACAUAGUCCUGAACAAAUGCUAAUAUAGCGACUCAAGGGCAUCUCGUUGUCCUGGAAAGGCACACAGCUGGUAUCAGGCCCAGUGAUCAAAUGAAAGGGCCAAAUAGAGUCAGCUCUGUGGACAUGUUGCAGUCUUUGAUAAACUGUAAAAGAGAGAUUUUGGGUGUGGAAUUUAGGACGUCUGCCAUUUAAUCAGGGUUUUUGUUAGAUGUUACUCUUACAAGACACAUAGUUCAGCAAUUUCCAUGUAUUAACUCAUUUAUCUUCGUAACACUUUAGUCAACCUCAGUUGAAGAUGAGGAAUCAAGGCUCUGGUUUGCAUAAGGUCAACUAAUUAGCAAAUGGUAGAGUGGGGAUCCAAAGGCAGGGAGUGCAUCCCUAGGUCUGUGCUUUUACAACAUUCUGCACCACAGCUCUUUUCCAAUAAGUGUGAUCCCGUCGCUUGGAAUCCUGCCCAAGCUGUCAGGUCCAAGUCCACCUGAGAAAAGAUGUAUGUCUGUGAUAUGGUAACAAAUUGCUCAACUACUCGGACUAAUCUGCGGUGAUGGAUAUCCAGAGCGCAGCAGAAUUAGUUUCUGAGGCAACCAGAUCCCAUGGGCUUAAGCAAAAUAAAAUGCCCAUUGCUCCUUA